AAAAUAAAAAUUGAAAUCUAAAAUUAGAUUUACUAUCUGUAAUGGAGAUGAAGGAAACCGCGUUCGCGGUUUCUAUUCAUUGGUGACAUUUUCAUAAAAGAAGAAAAAGAAGCUACCAAAAAUAACUAAUAAUCUCUUAACACAAUUCUUUUUUCUUUUCUUUUUUUUUCCUUUUUUUUGGGUUCUCCUUCAUCACCAUAUCCAAUUCUCAAAAAUUUGUCCCUAUUUCCUUGAUAAUUUGUGACUGAUUCGAUUCGGAGCAUUUAUAAAUUUGUGCUUUUCUUUGAUUUUGGUGUUUGAAAAAUUGAGGUUUGGGAAGGGGAAUUGUGUGAGGAGAAAGAGAUCAAGGGGUAAUUAAAUGGGCUUCUUAUGUUGCUUUAGAUCAUCGAAGCGAAACGUCGACGAAUCUCUGGCGAAGGCCGAGGAGGGUUUCGAAAGGAACAAUCUCGCGUCCCUCGUCAACAAUAUCUCAACUGAAUCAGAUGCUUGCAAGCAUCGCAAUGUAGCCGAAGAAAUCCUGAAAAUCGGCAACGGAAAUAACUCAGCUCGAGUUUUCACCUACGCUGAGCUCGCAGCUGCAACGAAGAACUUCAAAGCUGAAUCCCUACUCGGAGAAGGCGGAUUCGGAAGAGUGUAUAGAGGACACCUCGACGAUACGAAUCAAGACAUUGCAGUUAAGCAGCUCGACAAGAACGGCUUGCAAGGGAACCGAGAGUUCCUCGUCGAAGUAUUGAUGCUUAGUCUCCUUCACCAUCCAAAUCUCGUAAAUUUGAUCGGAUACUGCACCGACGAUGAUCAGAGGAUUUUGGUUUAUGAGUACAUGCCGCUCGGUUCAUUAGAGGAUCACCUUCUUGAUCUAUCACCGAAUAAGAAUCCACUGGACUGGAACACAAGGAUGAAAAUAGCUGGAGGGGCUGCGAAGGGGCUCGAGUAUUUGCACGACAUUGCGAACCCCCCCGUCAUAUAUAGAGAUUUCAAAGCAUCAAACAUACUACUCGACGAGGAGUACAAUCCAAAGCUAUCGGAUUUUGGCCUCGCAAAGGUCGGCCCGGUAGGGGAUAAAAGCCAUGUGUCUACAAGGGUGAUGGGCACAUACGGCUACUGCGCCCCGGAGUACGCGCUCACGGGCCAAUUGACGACGAUGUCGGAUGUGUACAGCUUCGGCGUUGUGUUCUUGGAGAUCAUCACGGGGAGAAGAGCGAUAGAUAUGUCGAAGCCUUCGAGCGAGCAACACCUUGUUCAUUGGGCUGAGCCGCGGUUCAAGGACAAGAAGAGAUUCGUGGAGAUGGCCGAUCCCGCUCUCGAAGGGAAGUACCCCUUGAAAGGGCUAUACCAAGCUCUCGCAGUGGCUGCAAUGUGUCUUCAAGAGGAGGCGAGCACGCGGCCCUUGAUCAGCGACGUCGUGACGGCACUCGAGUACCUCUCGGUCUCGAACAAGGGCCCGUCGUCGAACCGGUCGAAUGAGUCGGUUCCUCCUCGGAGCUUAGAAGCCCAAGAUUCUCAAGUAGAGAGAGCUUCUGAUGGAGAUUAUGAUCAUGAGGAAGAGGAAGCAGCAGUGGUGGCAUCAUCAGAAGUGGAGAGUAAUGAAGAGUUUGGUUCUCUGAGAAGCGAAAAAAUGGUAGAGAAUUAAGGAUUAGGAAAAUUAAGAAGAGGAGAGAAUAAUUAUUGAACAUGUACAUGAGAUGCUAUUUGUAAUGCAUGUUGAGACAAUUGUAUAGAUUAAAAGCGACAGGUACCAAUUGUAUAUUCUCAGUA